AAAACAUUAGGCUGCACCCUGGGAAAUAUUAUAUCGCGCAACCAAAACCUGUCCUCCAAAACCCCCAAAACCCGUUCGCGCACGAGCUCGCUGCCCGGCGCCGCCGACCUCCGCAAGCCCUCAGGCGAGGCUAGGACGGGCACUAGGGAAGACCGAGGAUGGCGUUCUUCCACGCUCGCGACUUCUUGUUCUGCGGAAUGUGCGGGACCCUCCUAUCCUUCGACUCGCUCGACUUCGCGAACUGCCCUCUUUGUGGCUUCAAGCGCGCCGCUAAAGAGAUUGAAGGAAGAGAGACACGGUACACUAUCACAGCUGAGGAUAUCAGAAGGGAGCUAAAGAUUGAACCUUUUGUAGUUCUUGAAACCACUCCCAUCGAUGAAGUGGCACAAAGAGCAGUGGUAAAUGAAUCAUGUCCUCAAUGCCAUCACCCCCAGCUUGAGUAUUAUACCAGACAGCUACGAUCCGCUGAUGAAGGGCAAACGGUUUUCUAUGAGUGCCCAGAAUGCAGAUACAAGUUUUCAGUCAACACAUAAAAAAAUGUUAUUAUCUGUUCCAUUAUGGUCGUCAAACACAUUCCUGAAUGAAUAUACCAAACAAAAACACAUGCCUGACUGUAAACAUGGUUUCAGAUUCAUCUUUAUUUGUAUAGAUCAUAAAUGUUUCGACGCUAAUUUCAAUCAUCAUUGUGUUUGGAUGCCAUUCUUUGUUGCA